GUGCUGAAGCGGGCCCGGGCCGGUGUACGUGCUUCCUGGGGACGGUUGUUGCCGCCAUCGCCAACGGCACUCCGCUCCUCGCUCACGACAAUUCAUGGUUCGAUCGUUACGUGGUCCUUUUGCUCCAGGGCCAGAGGUCGGCCGGCGGAGAUCAGCACUGCUACAGCCCGGCGGCGGGCCGCAGACGCCGGAGGGAGGGGUAUAUCCAUCGUCGUAGCCGUAGCCAUAGCCUCAGCCAUCGCCGUCGAGGCCAUAUUUCGUCCUCCUCUGUUGUCUCCCUGCCGUUUUGUGUGAUCGGUCUUUUGCUGUCCAUAUCUCCCUCCUCUGUCGAUCGCCGCCUCUCUCUCUUCCAUUCCUUUUUGUCAAUCAGUCAGAGGAAGGUCCGUCGGGACGGGGCGGUCGCGCCAAGUGUGCGACGGAAGGUUGAGCGGCGGGUGAAGACAGCGCGAAGAGAUGACGACCCUUGUGGAGACGUCCGACGAGGAGCCGACCCUCGCCGUUGCACGCUAUGUCGCGCAAAUGGCUUGGGCGGACGCCGGGGAAGACAUAUCUGAGCCGGCGGUUGCGCAGUACUGCGCGGAGGCGGAGGAUUUAAUGGCGGCCGGGCGCAACGUCGACCUAGUCAGCCUUCUCGUGACCUCGGCGGACAUCGUCCUCUCCAAUGCCUCUGAUAAAGACCUUGAGUGCAUUUUCAUGGUUAUCUGCAAUGUGGCGGCGAAAGCAACUAGCGAGGAAGAAGCGAUGAGAAUGUCGAGCCAAAUCACGGCCGCAUUGACUGCGCAAACGAGCAAGGCGGCGCUUAAGAUCAAGCUUCUUUUCCACCUGUACAACACCAUCAAGAAGGCUCCUUAUGCUAGGUUCCUCCUGUACAGACGCCUGCUUGAGUUCGCCAUAGCCGCCAAGGUGACAGACCUUGUCACUCCCUCGCUUAAGAGGUUGGAGGCGUUCUUGAAAGAGUGGAAUGUGACCGUUCAGGACCAAAGGGGCCUCUAUUUGACGGCGACGAAUCUGUUGAGGGAAGGCCGAGGCUCGGCGGCGGCUAAGGAGUCUUUCAACUUCUUGCUCAAGUUCCUCUCUACCUUCUCUGGUGAAGAUCCUCAACGACUCGCUGACGUCAGGGAAUAUGCUGUCAGAGCGGCGGUGGAGUAUAUCAAGGCUACCGAUAUCUUCCAGUGCGACUUGUUGGAUAUGGCGGCGGUGUGUCAACUCGAAAGCGAUCCCGACUACGCCCACGUGUAUCGGCUUCUGAAGAUCUUCCUGACGCGCAAGCUGGAUGCGUAUCUGGUCUUCGUCGACGAGAUGGGUGUGGCAGUCAUUGAAGCCCUAGGACUGAAUCACGAGGAGUGCGUGACGAAGAUGAGGUUGAUGUCCCUGGCUGCGCUCGGCGUUGAGGCGCCCAACGGCGAGAUUCCGUAUGACGUAAUUAGGCGGAAUCUGGAGAUUGACGAAGACGAAGUGGAGAUGUGGGUAGUACGCGCGAUCAGUGUCAAGCUCUUGGAGGCGAAGAUGGAUCAAAUGAGAGAAGUGGUUGUGGUUAAUAGAUGCUUGCAGCGGGUCUUCGGGCCAUCGCAGUGGGUCGAUUUGAGGGCCAAGCUUCUGCAAUGGCGGGAGAACCUGGCCAGCGUUGUGAGGAUUGUUCAUCAUGCCAGGGUUGAUGGGAAUGGAGUGCCGAGAGAAUUGCAGCAGCAGGUGACUGCGUAACGUCGUCGAGUACUGGUCGUGAUUGUUCAUCAUCACACCAUCGUCAUCACCACACUACAAUCGAUGGGAAGACGGAGCAAGUGUCAUCAGCAUAUUGUCAAAACCCUAAGUUCUCUCUUCUGGUAUUGAUUGCGUUGAAAUGAUGCUGCGGCAUGUUUUCUGAAUCGAAUCGACGGCGGAGUCUCUUCCCUUUCUUUCCCAGUACACACAGAUGUGUCUCGAUGGUUCUGUUGUUGCGCUUGUUGGGUAGUCCUGCUGCUCAGACAGCUAUUUACAUGCUUUGUCGGCUAUGGCGGAAGGUGGUUCCUCCGGCCUGGGCUUCCCCCUCCCCCCCGUCCCCCCUCCUUGGCUGUUUGCAAUAGAACCCUUAUGGUGGUGAGGGUGCUUCUUUCUUCUGAUGACUGACUAUCGUUUGCUACCCCUGUUUCCUGUCUAUCUCCAAAUCGGUUACACUUUUCUUCUCAUUCUUCUUCUUCUUCUUCUUCUUGUUUUCCUGUUGUUGUUGUUGUUGUUCUUCUUCUUCAUCCUCCGGUUCCAUUUUCUCAUUUUGCUAUGGCGGCGGGUGUCUCGUCUAUCGUCUGUCUUCUGUCUUCCAGGUUCGUCUCUGUCUCUCGUCUCGUUAAGGAUCUCGUCUCAACCCUCUCCUGUGGCAUCAACUAGGGUUUCUGUGGCCAUCGUAAGGUGGUUAUGGAAGUGCAAUCAGGUCUGAUUAAGGAAGGUUCAGAUGAAAACUAAAUUUGAUCAGUGGAAGGACGAUCUAAUCUUGGGUUCGUUCCCACCGAAGUUCAGGAAAAAUCAAACGUGAUCUGGAAUCCUUACGGGAUCGGUUAUGGGUGUGUGUGUGUGUCUUAUCCCAUCAACGAUUCUUCUUGGAAGAGGUGAGAUGGGGUAACGAGCCUAAACCGGACGUGAGAGUUGAGAUGAAUGUAAAGAGAUUGAUGGGAUAUCGAGCCGAAUCAGAACGAUGUUAAUGCCCUGCUAUGGCUGCCAGAGAGAGCUGUGGUGGAUCCAGUGGGGAAGGAGGAGAGAAGAAGCAAUGGGAGCGGGAGUGGUGGCGAACGAGGAGGAGAAAAAAAGAGAAGCACCGGCCGAUCGGGUGAAUUGAUUUUGCGAUGUGUGGGGGGAGGAGGAGAAGAAGAAACGAUCGGAGUGGGAGUGGAGGCUGCCAGUGGGUGAAUUGAUUUUGGGGCCUGCUGCCAUUUGAAUCCGAAAGAUUUGUCCUUCCUGUUGUUGUGUGAUUUAGGGUGAAGUGAAUUGAUUGCGAUUAUUGGGAUUGCCGUCGCUGUUUUUUUUGGGCAGGAUCCAGGUGACUGACUGUAUAAGAGUGUGUUCAUUUUUGAAUAUGAAUCUCCCGUUCGCGGAAGGUUCGCGGAAUGUUCGCGGAGGGUUCGCGGAAGGUUCGUGGAAGUUUCGGAGUGAGAUGAGGUAUUGACGAAUAAGGCGGUUGAAUGGCAUGCAGUUGAUUUUGAUAUCCAAGUCGUGAAAGAUAAUCCCCCACCUUUGUACCCAUUAUCUUCCACCCCUCGUAUGUUACUUGGGGGUGUAUCUCCCUCUCUGUCCUCUCUCCUUUCUCUCACCCUCCUUCCGGACGUCUUGUCUUUUUUCCCGCCUUUUUUGCCCUCGUUUCAUCCUCGUUAUGUGUGUGUUUUCCCGCUUUUUGUUUUUGCCCUUCUCGUUUCAUGCUCGUUAUGUGUGUGUUUUCCCGCUUUUUGUUUUUGCCCUUCUNGUGUGUGUUUUCCCGCUUUUUGUUUUUGCCCUUCUCGUUUCAUGCUCGUUAUGUGUGUGUUUUCCCGCUUUUUGUUUUUGCCCUUCUCGUUUCAUCCUCGUUAUGUGUGUUUGUUGGCUUAACAUUCUCAUCAUCUGUGCCUGGACAUUAUGUCGAAUGCAAUGCGCAGGGAAGGGUGUGUGAUGGACAAAAGGAGUCGCUUGCGGGGGAGGGGGGAAGGAGGAGGGGGGGGGAGGACAAUUUUCAAGGGGUUUGCCCAGGGUAGGUU